AUUCACCCUUCGAUUCUGACUGUUAAGUUGGUAAUCUUUGUCUCUUUAUAUCUUGCAGGUUGGAGACACUGUUGACUACUCACUUCAGUCAACUACAGAUCAAAAUCUUGCUCUAUUUUCUGGAAUGAGUUUGCAUUCGCAAAGAGACACCACUACAGUAUCAGCACUGUUUGAUUCCAACACUACUGUUCCAGAGAUGAAAUCUUCAGGGGGAGUUAUGGAUGUGUUCCAAGGACUUGAUCUUUCAAGUGGGAGUGACACCUUUAGAAAAAACAAUACUACAAAUCAAAGAGAUAAGGGUUCUAAAUCUGACUUAGAUGAUUUGUUUUCCGUUAAAGAGGAUAUCACACGAUUAAGCCCGGUCAAACAGGCUAACGCCCAAGAAGCUUCUAAGGACAGCGUGACAGAUCUGUUUGAUCCAUUGCUAACGGACAGCAAGAAUGCUGUUGGAAAUCAUGUCACGCAAUCCAAUUUGGCUUCAAUUACUGAAACAAGAAAUAAUUACUAUUCGGAUUCAAAGACAAACGUUCUAAAGGAUCCGCAACUUGUGAGCUACGGCAACAAUAUAAUAUCACCUCAGGACAACAAUUUACGUCCAAUGAACUCUUUGAAUGUAAAUACCCCCGGCUCUGUCUCAGUAAAUCUUAAAAGUGGUUCACAAAUUUUCGGGAAUGGAGACGAAUUGUCACACAACAGAACUACGCAACCAAUUGUCGCGUUACCUGCCAGCGGACCACAAGGAACACUACAGCAAUUUCCGAUACAAUUUCCUUUUAAUUCCCAUCCAGUCGUUCAACCGCCUGUUAUGAGUGGCGCGUCAACAACCCCUUUAAGACUUCCAAAACAGUCGAGUCAAAGAACUGAGUUUAGUUUUGUUGGAAAAUCCGGUAAAGCAGAUGCGUUUAGUUUUGUCCAAGAUGAGAUGAAAGCAAGAAAAUAGAUUUAUAAGUAAAAUAAUUUUGUCACUAAAAAUGAUUUAUCAAUGACAGAACUUUUAUAUGACGGAGACGUAGUAACAACAGUAGAAUGCGUCGAAGAUGCCUAAAGACAUGAAGACAUAAAAAGAAAUGAAAGUAGUUUAAUUGCAGUGAGAAUUGAAGACAG